AUGUUUCCUGAAAAUGGUGGCUAUGUAGUUUGGGUUUCAUCUGCAUUAGGCCCUUUUUGGGGCUUUCAGCUUGGUUGGAUGAAAUGGCUUAGCGGUGUAAUGGACAAUGCUUUAUACCCAGUUUCGUUUCUUGAUUAUUUUAAAUCAGCUAUUCCAAUUAUAGGUAAUGGUUUUCCAAGGAUUAUAGCUGUUUUAGUUUUAACUUUGGUUCUUACUUAUAUGAAUUAUAGAGGCUUAACAAUUGUGGGUUGGGCUGCAAUUUCAUUAGGAGUUUUUUCAUUGAUUCCUCUUGUUGUUAUGGGAGUUAUUUCAAUUCCAAGAAUAAAGCCUAAAAGAUGGGUUAUGAUGGAUUUGAAGAAUGUAAACACAUUGUUUUGGAAUUUGAAUUAUUGGGAUUCUGCUGUAGCUGAAAUGAGUAGCGAUUCUUUUCAGCUUUUAGGAAUGGCUGAAAGAGGAAUGUUUCCUGAAUUCUUUGGUAAAAGGUUGUCCUUUGUGUAUUCAUUUUCCUAG